CUGAACCAAACAUCAACCCACCCUUGCAUUCAGAGCAAUAAGAUAUACCAGUCGAAAUGGCUCCCUUCAAAGUCGCCGUGUACCUCUACCCUUCAGCGGAUAUUCUGGACUUCAGCGGCCCAACCGAAAUCUACAGCAUGCGGCCUGCAUCCGGAGAAGCCAUUUUCGAAAUCAAGACAUUCGGACACCACGAGCGCGUCUCAUCAGAGAGCGGCACCAUGGUCUACGUUCCCAAUGGUACGUUUCAGCAGCUCGAGGCCGACAUCGAAGACUACGACAUACUCGUCAUACCAGGUGCACACUUCGAGGUCAUCGACAAACUUCUCCCCUCAAAAGAAGGUAAGGAGCUCGCAGCUCUCCUUCGCAAGUUCACAAGCUUGCCGCCACGCAAAGAAGUUGGGACACGCAUCUUGCAGUCUGUCUGCACGGGCUCAAUCAUCCUUGCGGCAUCGGGCGUGUUGGCUGAUCGAACAAUAACCACGCAUCAUAUGGGUUUCGAGAUGUUGAAGAAGACGGCCGAUGAGGCGGCAGGUGGAGAUUCGAAGGUGAACGUGGUGAGGAAGAGAUGGGUCGAUGCCGGUACGACUGAAGCUGGUGUGCGAAUCAUCAAUGCGGCAGGCGUCAGCUCUGGCAUUGAUACGAGUCUUUGGAUCUACGAGCAGCUUGCAGGAAAGGAGCAGGCAGACUUCGUAGCUGAGCUUGCGGAGUUCGAGCGUAGAGGUGAGGCUUGGGGUGUAUGAUGUCAGCGCUAGAUGUUCAGGAAGUCAUCAGCCGGCGACUGAGCAAUGUCUGUACCAGCGGCGAUGGUUCCCAGCUUGUAUCUGAAACACACGACAAUAGACAAUACAACGCUUCAGAUAUGAC